AUGGGUCAUCUAUCCUCAUUACUUAAGAAAAAUUGGAUUCUUUGGAAGAGAAACUGUUUCUGUUCAACUUGUGAAAUCGUUUUACCAUUAUUAUUGAUAUUGGCUUUGGCUGGAAUAAGGUAACUGUUGGUUUAAUUCUUUAGAGGCGUUGUAGAUAAGGUUAAUCUUGAUGAAACAGGCUUUUUGGAGCCUAAACUUGAAUGGAGAUCAGAAGAUCCCAAUGUUCCAGUGGAAUUGUCUCCUUUGAUUAAUGAAUAAGAAAUAGAAACUAGAAUGAAGCUUAUGCAAAAAUGGAAUGCAACUUUGAAUUUGUUUGAAAACCUAAAGGCUUUGGAUACUCGUACGAGGUUACAAGUGUUACCUAAAAUGAAAAAUUGCAUUGAUAAUUACAAUUACUAAUAGGAGAGAGAAUGGCUCAAUGGCCAUGUUGCUCUUGGUCCAAACGAGAAUCACGAGGUUGUGAAGGAAUUAAAGUACAUUUUGGAAAAUUACUACUUUUAUGAAACAAAAAUAUUUCAGAAUAGCGAGGAGCUUAAUGAUUAUACUGCUGAUUCGGAUUAUGGAAGAGAUGGAGUUCCUAGAGUGUGCUUUGGAGUAAUAUUUAAUGAAAGUGCUGGAAAUAAUAUAUACGAUUAUCAAUUGAGAUUUAAUUCAAGCGGAUUUAAUGAUUACGAGAUUCCUCCAACAAAUUUGAUGGAUGUGGAUCCUAUUAAAUAUUAAGAUUAUGAAAAGGUGAAUGCAUAUUGGGAAUCUGGUAUGUUAACAGUCCAAACCUUUGUGGACAAUAUAAUUUUGAGAAUUGAAACCAACAAUUAAGCAAAAAUAACCCCUAAAUUCUCUUAUGUUCAUUAAUAAGAUGGAGUGAAGGAUGAUUUUGCAACAUUUUUAAGGGGAUAAUUUGGAGUGUAUUUGAUAUUGCCUCUAAUAAUCAUUUACUUGAGAAUGACUUAUGCGAUGAUUUAUGAGAAAGAGAAAAAACUGAGGGAAGGCAUGAAAAUGAUGGGAUUGAACAACACAUCCUUUUAUUUAUCAUGGAUUAUUCAAUAUCUAAUAAUCUACACAAUAAUCUCCAUAAUAGCCACAAUCCUAUUGUCUGCUAUAGUAUUUACUCAUACUGAUGGAUUUGUGUUAUUCUUGAAUUAUUGGCUAUUUUGCAUAGUCUUAAUAUUCUAGUCUAUGUUUAUAAGUGUAUUUUUUACAAGAGCAUUGUUCGGAUUAAUUGUAGCCAUCGUUUGGUAUUUGCUAAUGUACAUGGUGAUCAGUUUGGUUGGUAGUGGAUCAGAGUUGGUUCCUGAAUCAUCAUAUUGGGGAGCCUCAAUAUCUUCCCAUGCUGCUAUGUCUUUUGCAUUCGAUGUUAUGGUAUUGUUCGAAGCUCAAGGCAGAGGUGUUUCAAUGUCAACAAUAACAACUAAAGUUGAAAACUAUGCUGUUAAUAUUGCUUUGAUAAUGCAUAUCCUAAACAUCUUCUUCUACUUAAUAAUGUCAAUUUAUUUGGAUCUCGUAUUUCCAAAUGAAUGGGGUAAGAAAUUACAUCCUUUAUUCUGCAUCCCUUAUUUCAAUAGAUCACAUAAUGGUGCUUAGUCAAAAUUAAUGAAGAAAUCAUCCUAGAUUCAUCAGGAAAGAUAUGAAGAAGUAGACUAGGCUUUGAAGGAUUAGGAAAGCAGAUAAGAAGUUCUCUAGAUUUCUAAUCUCACUAAAAUAUAUCCAAGUGGAAAACAAGCAGUCAGUAAUGUGAGUUUGACAAUGUAUAUUGGUUAAAUCUAUGCUUUAUUGGGACAUAAUGGAGCAGGAAAGACUACCACAAUUUCGAUGUUGACAGGUCUCUUAGAUAUCACUCAAGGAGAAGCAUCAGUAUUUGGAUUGGAUGUUGAAACUCAAAUUGAGGAAAUUAGAUAAUUCAUGGGAGUUUGUCCAUAACAUGACAUCUUAUUUGAUAAUUUGACAGUCAAAGAACAUUUGGAAAUGUUUGCUACUUUCAAAGGAAUGAAACCAGAUGAAAUUCCUGCAGCUGUUAGAAGAAUGAUUGAGGAUGUUGAUUUACUAGAAAAGACUGACUAUUUAAGUAAGAAUCUAUCAGGAGGACAAAAGAGAAGAUUAUCAGUUGCAAUCGCAUUUAUUGGUAAUUCUAAACUAAUCUAUUUGGAUGAACCUACCUCAGGAAUGGAUACAAGUGCUAGAAGAUAUAUUUGGGAAAUGCUUAAGAACUACAAAGAAGAUAGAAUCAUUGUAUUGACAACUCAUUUUAUGGAUGAGGCAGACUUUUUAGGAGAUAGAAUCGGUAUCAUGGGAGAAGGAAAAUUGCAAUGUUCAGGAAGCAGUGUAUUCUUGAAGAAUCAAUUCGGUAAUGGUUACAACCUUACUAUUGUCAAAGAAAGUACUUUAACUGAAUCAGAUCCAAUCAUUGAAGUCAUCAUGAAGGCAUGUCCAGAAGCUGUUUUAAUUUCUAAAGUUUCAGCUGAAAUUCUCAUGUAAUUACCUUUGAAUGCAGCUGAUAAAUUCCCAAAAUUGUUUUUAGAAUUAGAUAAUAAUUCAAAAGCCCUUCAUAUUUAAAGUUACGGUAUCAGUAUCACAACUCUUGAAGAAGUGUUUUUAAAGGUUGCCUAAAUUGGAGCUGGACAUCAUUAAGUGAAUGAUUAUAUGGAGAUGGAGGAUAAGAAUAAAUAAGCAGUAUAAAUUGACGAUUUCGACAUUAAUCAAAUAAGAAUUACAAAUUCAACUCAAUUAUUUUUCAAUCAUACCCUUGCAUUACUUAUGAAGAGAGCAAGAUAUUUCAAGAGAGAUGUCAAGAGUCUAUGUUGCGAAAUCCUUUUACCUUGCUUGGUUGUACUUCUUGGUUUGAUUUUAAUGACAAUAGAAUUUAUAACUGAACCAAAUGUUAUCAUUUUAACACCUCCAUCUGAAUGUUAUGGUUAAGGAAUUCAAUACUUAUGGGGAGGAAUAAAUGAUCAAUCGCUGUUUUCUUAGAUUGAUCUCUAAAUGUACAAUUCAUCAAUUCAGGUGUUUGGAGAUGAUAGUUUGAAUAAUCUCUAGAAGAUCGAUCAAAGUUACUUUGACACUUUUGAGAUAAGAGAAAACCUUGGUUGGUAUUAUUUGACCAGUAACACUAAUGAUUAAUUCGCAUAUUACAUGUUUGUGAAUACAGUCUUCAGGGAGGCUCCACUAGUCUUACAAAACCAAAUGAAUUAAGCAAUCUUGAGAAAAGCUACCAAUAACAAUGAUUUUUAGAUCAAAGUUACCAAUGCUCCUUUCAGAAAGACUUAUGAAGAGUUGAAUGGAUCAAAAACAAUAGCUGGAUUCUUAUCAGCCCUAGUCUUUUCUAUGGGUAUGGCAUUCAUUCCUGCAUCUUUGAUAUCAUAUAUUGUUAAGGAAAGAGAAAUUAACAUCAAACAUCAAUAAUUAGUAUCUGGAGUUUCAGUAAAAGCAUAUUGGUUUAGUAAUUGGCUGAUGGAUUUAGGAAAGCAUGUGAUUCCAGCAGUUGUCUGUUGUCUUCUGAUUUUAGCAUUUGAUAUAUCUGCAUUGAUAGAAGGAGAGAAUUAUGGAUUUUCAUGGGUGAUCUUCUUUUUAUAUGGUUGGGCAAUUAUCCCUUUUUGCUAUUUCUUUAGUUUUGCCUUUAGACAAUAAGGAAAUGCAAUGUUACUAAGCUUUUUCAUUCACUUAUUAGUUGGAUCAAUCAUCAGUUUGAUAAUUUAUAUCCUAAGAUUGAUCUCCUCUACAAGAGAUGCAGCCACUGCCUUAUAAUGGAUUUUCAGAUUGAUUCCAUCAUUUUCAUUUGCAUAUGGAAUAUUAAAUGCAUGUUCUAAGGACACAUACAUGGUUAUGGAGGGAUGGACAGAAAUGAAGAGUACUUACGAUAUGGCAGUAAGUGGUGGAGAUGUAUUAAUGCUUGCAAUAAUGGGUGCAUUUUAUUUAGUUUGUAUCUUCAUUGUUGAAUACUUUGAAGAUAAUGGAUAAUUGUAGAAACUCGGAUCAAGUGAAGCCAGUAUCCCUUACAUUCCCAAACCUAUUGAUGAUGAUGUUGCUAAAGAAAAACAAUUAUGUGAAACAUUUAAGCCUGAAGAGAAAGCCAUUCUUGUUAAAGAUCUGAGAAAAGUGUUUAUGUUGGGUGAAGGCAAACAUAAAGUGGCAGUCGAUUAAGUCAGUUUUGCUAUUGAUUAAGGAGAGGUCUUUGGUUUAUUGGGAGUCAAUGGAGCUGGAAAAACUACCACAUUUAAGAUAUUAUCAGGAGAGUUGAAACCCACUAGUGGAGAAGCAUUCAUAGCAGGCAAGAGUGUCAUUAAUGAAUUAGAAGCUGCAAGAGUUAAUAUCGGAUAUUGUCCAUAAUUUGAUGGUCUUUUAGAAAAUCUUACUGUCAGAGAACAUAUUGAACUAUUCUCAGAUAUCAAAGGAAUACCAUAUUAUAAGAAAGAGGAAUUGGUUGAGAAGAAGUUAAAUGAGAUGGAUUUGAAGAGAUUUGAGAAUAUUCAAUCAGGUUAACUUUCAGGAGGAAAUAAAAGAAAAUUAUCAGUUGCAAUUGCUAUGAUAGGAAAUCCUCCAAUUGUCUUUUUGGAUGAACCUUCUACUGGUAUGGAUCCAGAGGCAAGAAGAUUCAUGUGGAAUGUUAUUUCAAGAAUUGCAACUCAAAGAAAAUAAAGCACUAUCAUAUUGACUACUCAUUCAAUGGAAGAAGCAGAGGCAUUAUCAACUAAGAUUGCUAUCCAAGUUAGUGGUAAUCUCAGAUGUCUUGGAUCUGUCUAACAUAUCAAAAAUAAAUUUGGUAAAGGUUAUGAAAUCGAAGUUAAAUUGGAAAAACCAUAAAAAUCUGAGAUUCAAGAUUUAAUCCAAAAGAUGGGAUUGUAAAGCAACUCUAGAUUGGAUUAACACACUACUGUUGAUAUAUUGAGGAAAAUCAACUAAAAUCAUUUAGAAUAAGAAAUCACAAUGAAAGGAUCAGGAUCACACAUUUAUAAUGAUAUUAGAAAACCUAAUGGAUUAGCUGUUGAAACUCUAGCUGAAUAUGUUAUUGUUGAGUAGAUGGGAGAUCUUUUGAAGAAAUUCAUUGAGUAAAAUUUAGGAUAAUUUGAAAUUAUUGAACAUUUCCAGACAUUUUAUAGAUUCAGACUCCUUGGUUAAAUCACUGUGGGCAAACUCUUUGAAGGAUUUGAACAUAAUAAAAAACAAUACAGAAUUUCCCAAUACUCCAUCAAAUAAGCAUCCAUCGAAUAAAUUUUCAAUAAUUUUGCAGUUUAGGAUUCCCAACAAUAACAACAACAAGAGAAUGUACAAGGUGCACAAAUUGCAGUAUAAAUCUAAGCAAAUUCUUGA